UAGUUUUCACUGCACAGUUUGAACGUAACACUGUUUGCUACAGGUUUGUCACCGAUGUUGUUCAUUGUCUUCGCUUGCUCAUGCGACACACCGAAUUCCAAUUAAGGAGACCGAUCGGAAAAUAUGUUUUGAUUAAUAUAGACUAAAAGCUCAAUACAAGCCCGGUGAGAUAUACAGGGAGAUGGCUCCGAUAUUGAUCCUUCCUGGCUACCUGUCGCGGUGGCUUUUGAACGUGUGCACCAUUUUCAGUUGAAUAACUGAUUUCUUCGGUUGAUCAUUAGAAAUUUUUACAUCGCAUUCAGUCACUGACUUUUCAUUUGCUCACUUAUUGUUUCAAUUCAUUGCGAAUUAUUGGAUUAUAGUCGACAUAUAUCCUACGGUGAUUGGCAUUGGAACCCGGAACAGUUGUUUUCUCUCUGUCAUACAUCACUUAUUUUGAUAUGAAGGGCGAACAGGGCAAGAUAUGUGUAUAUGUGGUUACAUUUUUUACAAUGGUGACAUGUUCCAUAUGUAACACAAAGAUAGUGCGAGACAUAGGAAACCUGUAUUCUUAUAGAAAUGGGAAUUUAAAGGGAUUUUUGAUCAUGUUCCCGAACACAAGAUUGCAUCCCGUGGACAGAAUCCUGGGCCUUACCUUUGCUGUACCUCGAAGACCUUUCGGUGGAACUGACAAAUUUCUCAAUAGAACGAACGAUGUACAGAAAUAUAUCACGGGGUCGCCAUUAUGUUACCAAAGAGAUGGUAAUCUCAUCUAUAAAGUGAAGGAUAUGUGUUGGAAGAAGGCUACUAGUCUUAACAGACGAAGACUUCUACAGAAAAACCAGAUGUCCGAGUCGUGCCUUGCUCUCUCCAUAGUCGUUCCGACGAAGAGAAAAGAAUGGACCGACACCACGCCCUUUGCCGUUAUGGUCUUCGUCCAUGGAGAAUCGUAUGAAAUAGGAACCGGAAAUGCUUAUGACGGAAGUGUUUUAGCGAGUUAUGGGGACGUGAUAGUCAUCACCAUUAAUUACAGAUUGGGUGUCCUUGGUUUCCUGAAUACUGGCCACAGCUCGGCGCAGGGAAAUCAAGCUUUGAUGGAUAUAUUGGCCGUGUUACAGUGGGUUCAGGACAACAUAUCCGCAUUCAACGGAGAUCCUAAGAAAGUCACAUUGUUUGGUCACGGCCACGGAGCUGCCCUGGUCAAUAUUCUGAUGUUCUCCUCCCUCACAGAGAAAGGAAAAUAUUUUCAAAGAGCAGUUAUACAGAGUGGAUCAGCCUUGAGUCCAUGGGCGGUAUCCUAUGAUGCUCACUCCUGCGCUCAUUGGUUGGCCAGAAAUGUCAACUGCUCCAGCUUCACGAAUGACGUAGAAGGACUCACUAAGUGCCUCAAAAGUCGUAGUGCGCAUGACCUCGUUAACAGCUCACCAGGUGCUCCGAAAUAUCAUUCGUGUAUGGCCCCGUCACCCAAUCCCUACGGAGAAAUAUUCAAAAAUUCAGUUGAAAACUUAAUGAAGGAAUCACAUAAUACUUUUACUACGGUACCUGUCAUGUUUGGAGUCACGGGUAAUGAAGCAUAUAUGUAUUUGAAGCAAAAAGAACUGACAGAUGGAAUCAGCGAACACAGGAAGUCACAGAUAAUUCGGACGUUUGUCCUGAACAACUUCCAGUAUAAUCGUCAAAAGAUAUAUGAAAUUUUGUAUCAUCAGUACACUUCGUGGGAUACAGUACAAGACGAUUUAACACGUAGAGACAAUGUUCUGCAGCUUCUCAGCGACGGUUUAUAUGUGGCGCCGUUGAUUAAAAUGACUCAACAACAUUCAUUAAACACAGAUACUUAUUUCUACGCAUUUACACAUGCUACUGUGUCCGACACGGCGCAGUAUCAUAACUGGACCAGUGCUGUCCAUGGGGAUGAACUGGCAUAUAUAUUUGGGGCUCCUCUGAUAGAGGGUGUGUCACCAUUCUCCGACAAGUUUACCUUGCGGGAGAAGACACUCAGUGAAACUAUGAUGAGAUACUGGACGAAUUUUGCAAAGACUGGGGACCCAAACAAACCUGAUGGCGAGCAGACAUUCGAACAGAAAAUUAGGAGUGAUCCUGGCUGGCCACAGUACAACAGGAAUCAACAAAGAUUUCUUCACUUUGGUUCAAAUACAUCUGUAUCGAGUCACUAUAAAGGAAAACAAUUAUCGCUCUGGUUAGACCUCAUUCCAAAGCUAAACAAACUGACAAAACCCAAUCCGGAUCCCAGAGAACAUGACCUCACAGACCAAAACAACAUGGCGACCUUUGAUGAGCCCCACAGACUAAUUACAAACUUCAAAAAGAUUUUUCCACCUCACCCACCCAUUCCACCCUCCCCACCCCCACUGGAACACGGAGGAUACAAUGUACCCGGAAACACAGAAAGCACCAACAAGGAUAAAACCAAGCGUGACGAUUCUCCGGGACAAAUCAAACCCGCCGCUAAGACCAAGGCUAGCCAAGAGUCCACCCUUAGUAAUUCUGUCCCCUUGAGUAUAACUGUGGCAAUUGGCUGUUCACUGUUAUUCAUCAAUAUAUUGCUAUUCUCUGCUGUUUAUUACCAAAGACGAAGGAUUCAGAGACUAAAUCGAGAGGCGCUAGAGCAGGAACCGUGCGACCCAAAUGAUUUUCCUGAAGGAGGACACAAGUCUCUGAAAGAGGAAACUGUUAUCAAAGAACCACCCGACCGUGACCCAAAUGUUGAAAAGCAUAGUAAACCUAAUAUUCAAAGUAAUCCUUUAUAUACUGUGAUAAGUAAAACUCCCAGUGACUUAGCCCCAGAAUCGUCGCACGAAUCUUUAUCAACUGUAUCGUGCGCAUCUUCAGGCGUUAACCAAAGAAUCGCUCUGAAUAAUAAAUCUGGUCUUCAGCCCACACUACAGAAAGAUGCGCCAGUGAUACAGAGAGACGCUAAUGUAGGAACUAUUUCAAAUUCCAAAUAUGCAGCCAAUAAUACAAAAUCAAAAGACAAAAUGAACAAUGUUCGAAAUUCGACAGCAACACACGAUACGAUAACUGUUGUUUGACAAUGAUUGAAUGUAUUUGUUCACACGUAGAUCGAGUGAUAUCACAAAAAAGACAAAAUAAAAUCGACAUUAUUCCACUUUUCGUUAUUUCAUACAAAAUUAUGUUAUGAAAUGGGUAAAUUUGAAAUACAAAGUAUUCCAUUUUGAAAUAUUUUUGAAAAUGUACAGAUUGAAUUAUUUACCCAUUAUUUUGUAGUCAUUGUACAUUAAAACAUUGCUUAUUGUUGUUAUCAGCUAUAUUUUGUAUGCGUAGUAAAACUAAAAUAACAAACUGAA